AUGACACAUGAUUACCUAAAGAUCUUGAUUAAUAAGGCCAUACCGAAAGGUCACCCGUGUUUGGGAUGCCACAUAGAUAUUUCACCAUUCCACACCCAAUCCACCAUGGUAUGGAAAUGGUGUUCACGGUGGGCUGGUGGUGAAGGGGGCAAAAAGAAAGAGAGAGAAAGAGGGAAACUCCCACCGGUUUUUGGGGCGGUGUUCACGCGUGGGAGAGGCUGCCACCUCAGUCCAAGACGCGUGAAAUGCCUCCCAUACCAGAAAGGUAUUAGUGCAUCGUUCAUUGUUCAGUUGCGUAUAAUCUUUCUCUCUCGGAUUAGACAGACGAUUUUUCAUCAUCUUCACCGGCGACAAGAUAUAGUGCCUACUAGCCACCAUCUUCAAAUCCAACCAUCAGAAUCCGGCCAUCACAUCAAAAAGAACAAAACAAGUUAGUGUUUGUUUGUUUUUUUUUUGUUGUUGAAAUUUGAUAUAUGUUUGAUUUCAUGUUUAUAAUUGUAGAUUUGAACAUGAAGAUUUGUUUUUUGUUUUCUAAUUUUUAUAAUAGAU